CAUGGUUGCAUCUCAGCUGUUUAUUUUUCGGUAUUUUUGUCCAAAUAAAUAAAUAAAUAAAUAGGUCCAUGAGUUAUUGUUAUCUGUGUAAUUCUUGUCUGCAUAUGAUAAGAGAGUUAUAGAAUUCGAAUGCACAAUAACAAAGCAAAAUUUAAUCUGUGGAAAAAAUUGUAAUCAAAAUUGCUAACUAAUAUCAGUAAAUUGCUUUAGAAAGUAAUUGUUAUGUUGUGUGUUUACUAGACCGUCGUAAAUUAAAUUCCGCUGUGUAAUUGUAACAUAUCAUUCAAUUUUUAAGAAAGUAUUCAAUUUAAACCGAAACAAAAAAAUGUCAUUUUUACGGGGUUCGACAAACUAUGUGUGGUGUACAACAUCAGUUUUGGGAAAAGGUGCAACAGGAGCGGUUUUUCAGGGAGUUAACAAACACAAUGGCGAACCCGUAGCGGUCAAAACCUUCAAUCAAAUGUCUCAUAUGCGGCCGGUUGAUGUGCAAAUGCGUGAGUUUGAGGUGUUGCAAAAAGUAAAUCAUGAAAAUAUUGUGAAAUUGCUGGCAAUCGAAGAUGAUCAAGAAGGUCGUGGCAAGGUUAUCGUCAUGGAACUGUGCACUGGCGGUAGUUUGUUUAACAUACUUGACGAUCCAGAAAAUACGUAUGGUUUGCCAGCGCAUGAGUUUCGUCUUGUUUUGGAACAUUUGUCCGCCGGAAUGAAACAUUUGCGAGACAAUAGUCUCGUUCACCGAGAUUUAAAGCCCGGAAAUAUUAUGAAAUUUAUAUCAGAAGAUGGUAAAACGAUUUAUAAACUGACUGAUUUCGGUGCGGCUCGUGAGCUGGAAGACAAUCAACCCUUUGUUAGUCUUUAUGGCACCGAAGAAUAUUUACAUCCAGAUUUGUAUGAAAGAGCUGUGCUACGCAAAAGUAUUUCCAAAACAUUCACGGCAAACAUUGACUUGUGGUCGAUUGGAGUGACAUUGUAUCAUGUGGCGACUGGAAAUUUGCCUUUUCGACCGUUUGGUGGGCGUAAAAAUAAAGAGACCAUGCAUUUGAUUACAACAAAGAAAGCAAGCGGCGUUAUUUCAGGCACUCAAACAACGGAGAAUGGACAAAUUGAAUGGUCACGCCAGUUACCAGCACAUUGUCAACUCUCUAUUGGAUUAAAAAAUUUAGUUACUCCACUUUUGGCUGGCUUGUUGGAGGAAAAUCAACAAAAAAUGUGGUCAUUUGAUCGAUUCUUCAAAGAGGUAACAAAUAUUUUGAGUAAAAAAGUAUUACAUGUAUUUUACAUGAAUCGCACAUCAUCGAUUGAGAUUUAUAUGAAUGACGAUGAGCCAUUUUUCAAUUUGAAAGAGCAUAUCAAAUUACAAACCGAUGUUCAACCCGAAAGUCAAAUACUCAUAAUGAAUAAUCAAGAUAUGGAAGAGAAAGUUGGCACAAAUUCAUUGGUUAAAGGUUUUCCACCGACAACGGAACUGACGCCAAUAUUUUUGUAUUCAGUUGAUAAUAAUAAUGUGACAAUCGGUUCGGAAUUGGAUUUGCCAAAAUUUCCAACGUUCCCAAAUGCCGUGUCCGUUGAAAACGAUGCAAGCCUAUCGAAAAUGGGCUGCAGUGUUGGGCAUGAAUGUAAACGACGAAUUGAAAUGUAUUCACGUAUGGAUCAACUUAUGAAAUACAGCGUUGAACAAUUUAUUGUGGUGUUGCGUGAUACCAUUUCUAAGCUGCUUGAAAAAACUCAACAUUUGGACGAACUGGCGGGCACUGUUUCCGAAUACGGUGACGCUGUUAAUUCACUAACAUUGAAUAAUGAAUGUAAUGAGGACAUGGCCGGAAUUAUGGAUAAAUUGCGAAGUCUUAAACAUAAUAUAUCUGGUGUUACUGAGCCAACGCAACAAAUUUACAAUAAAUUCGUGAUUGAAGAGUUACUGAAUUCCGAAUGGAAAACAGCGAUACGUGAUAAGAAAUGUCCAUGUAAAAUAAAUGCUGUUGCUCGUGCAAAACAUUUAAUCGAACGAUUGCGCGACUCUUGGCAACAUUUACUUCGCGAUCGAGCAACGCGAUCGUUAACAUACAAUGAUGAACAGUUCCAUGCGCUUGAAAAAAUCAAGAUCGCCGAAACGGGUAAACGAAUGAAAUUGUUGCUGGUCGAAGAUGUGAAACCGGUUGUGGCUCAAAUCGCUGAAUGUUUAGCUGAUUGGUAUAAACGGGCCCAAACUAUUUACCUCAAAACCCAAAUUUUGGCAAAAGAUGUGAUUACUUGUGAUGAUGCCUUAUAUUCAAUUCGUGAACAGAUCUAUGGAAAAAAAGAAGAAGUGAAACUCGUUAGCAUGUCCCAGAAAACUGAAGUGAUAACACCAUUAGAACCGCCAAUUUUAGAAAGAGAGAUUCACAAUACCAUACGGUCGAUGGCAUUGUGCCAAAUAGAAAUUAAUGAUAUCAUGAGUACUAAUGCUCAGCUUGUUGGGGGCUUUCAAAAUCAUUCUCUGGGUAAAGAUGAUUCGAAUUCGAUUGAUCACAGCCGACUAUAAAAUUAACGAACCGAUAAAGAAUAUACAUUUAACUGGAGUUAAUAACCGGUGUAUUCUAUUUAUUUUAUUUUUUUUAAUUGUUAUCAUUACAAAAUUGAUCCUUCCAUAUUUAAAUUGCAUAGUUUAAUGACAGUUAUCUGAAGUUUUGAAUUUAUUUGAUAAUAAAGAAAUCGAACUUAUUAUAUAAUGUGCAGAAACACAGA